ACGUCCUUCAGGUCCAGUGUGUCUGUCACUGCUCUACUCUCCACCGCUCAUAUAUGUCGUUUUGGGAGUUAUUGGCAAUCAACCAAUAAUGUUUGUGUGAAAGCUGCUCAGCCGGUUUCUUUCCAUUCCAACGGCUGCUUCUCUGGAAACAGUUUAAAGUGAAACUAAAGUUUUCUCCUCACAGUGUCGGCAGAUUAUCAGGAGGAGGAAAGUGACAACUGGCUGUGAACUGAAUGUGUUUUUCAAGUAUUCGUUUAGUGAGAAGCAGGUUAAUGAGGACUUUGUGGUUGUUGUAGUUUUUACAGGAAGAUGAAGAUGUUUGUGGUGUUUGUGAUCCUCGUGCACGUUUCCCAGAAUGCCUCGGCUGUGGAGCUGUAUGAGGGGGAGGAGUUUGUCCUGCUGCUCUGUGAGUUUCAAACUUUUGAACUGGACGACCCCACAGUGGUGUGGAGCCGCUACGAUCUCAAUCCUCCAACCGUCCACCAGCGUCAGCAGGAAGGUGAUGAACUUAAAGACCAAAACCAGCUUUACAGCGGCCGAACAUCCAUGAUGGCUGACGCUCUGGAAACUGGAGACCUCAGUCUCAAUCUGACAAAACUCCGCCUCUCUGACAGCGGCACCUACACCUGCACCGUCAGAUCGCUUUGGGAAGAACUGAGAGUGAGAGACAUACAGCUGCAGGUCAAAGAACGAUUUCCAUCCUGGGCCAAAGCUCUCCUGGUUCUCCUGGUUCUCGGUCUUAUUGUUGGGGGUCUUUUGGUGCAUUUUCGGCAGUAUUUCAUGUCAGUCUACCAGGUGGAGGUGUAUUCAGGGGUGGAGUCUGUCCUGCUGCCCUGCAAAACCACAGUUCACCUGCCUGAGGACGUCACAGUGGAGUGGAGGGACAGUGACAACAUGAAGGUCCAUGUGUAUCAGAACGGUUCUGAUCAGCCUGAAGAACAGAACCAGUAUUACAGAGACCGAACAGAGAUGAAGAGAAACCUGCUGGAACCUGGAGACCUCAGUCUGACCCUGAAAUAUCCCACAGACAGAGACAGUAAGACCUACACCUGCACCGUCUACAACAGGGAGAGAGAGAUCCUGAUGAAGAAACAAGUGCUGCUCAAGGUCAAAGUCUACCAGGUAGAGGUGGAUUCAGGGGAGGAGUCUGUCCUGCUGCCCUGCAAAACCACAGUUCACCUGCCUGAGGACGUCACAGUGGAGUGGAGGGACAGAUACAGGAAGGUCCAUGUGUAUCAGAACGGCUCUGAUCAGCCUGAAGAACAGAACCAGGAUUACAGAGACCGAACAGAGAUGAAGAGAAACCUGCUGGAACCUGGAGACCUCAGUCUGACCCUGAAAUACCCCACAGACAGAGACAGAGACACCUUCACCUGCACCGUCUACAACAGGGAGAGAAAGAUCCUGAUGGAGAAACAAGUGAAGCUCUGGGUCAAAGUCUACCAGGUGGAGGUGGAUUCAGGGGUGGAGUCUGUCCUGCUGCCCUGCAAAACCACAGUUCACUUGCUAAAGCACGUCACAGUGGAGUGGACGGACAGAUACAGGAAGGUCCAUGUGUAUCAGAACAGCUCUGAUCAGCCUGAAGAACAGAACCAGUUUUACAGAGACCGAACAGAGAUGAAGAGAAACCUACUGGAACCUGGAGACCUCAGUCUGACCCUGAAAUACCCCACAUACAGAGACAUUGACAUCUACACCUGCACCGUCUACAACAGGGAGAGAGAGAUCCUGAUGAAGAAACAAGUGCUGCUUGAGGUCAAAGUCUACCAGGUGGAGGUGGGUUCAAGGGUGGAGUCUGUCCUGCUGCCCUGCAAAACCACAGUUCACCUGCCUGAGGACGUCAGAGUGGAGUGGACAGACAGUUACAACUGGAAGGUCCAUGUGUAUCAGAACGGCUCUGAUCAGCCUGAAGAACAGAACCAGUAUUACAGAGACCGAACAGAGAUGAAGAGAAACCUGCUGGAACCUGGAGACCUCAGUCUGACCCUGAAAUACCCCACAGACAGAGACACCUUCACCUGCACCGUCUACAGCAGGGAGAGAAAGAUCCUGAUGGAGAAACGAGUGGAGCUUGAGUUCAAAGAGCAUAAGGUGGAGGUGGAGGAGGGGGCGAAGUCUGUCCAACUGCCCUUCAAGACCACAGCUGACCUGCCUGAGGACGCUGAAGUGGAGUGGAGACGCAUUGAACCUGAACCCACAAUAACAGUCCAUGUGUAUCAGAACAGUUCUGACCAGCCUGGACAACAGAACCAGGAUUACAGAGACCGAACUGAGAUGAACGAAGACCUGCUGAAAACUGGAGACCUCAGUCUGACCCUGAAAUGCCCCAAAGAGAGAGACACAGGAAGAUACGGCUGCAGAAUCUACAACAAGGAGGGGAAACAUCAGAUACUUACUGAGAGGGAAAACAGUGGAGCUCACAGUCAGAGAGAGAACCAGGAACAGAAGCAGCUCCAUUGAUCCAACUCCUCUGAUGGCUGAUCAAUCUGUUUGAUUGGUCUGUUGAUCAAUCUUUGAUUAUUGAUCUUGUUGAAGGGGCUCAAAGGAAGAGAAUGUCAACGUUCAGCUUUCAGUGUUUCCUCUCUUCAUCGUCUGAAUGAACCUGCAGUCCAUACUGUGAUUGAUUGAUUGACUGAUUGAUUGAUUGACUGAUUGAUUGAUUGAUUGAUUGAUUGAUUGAUUGAUUGAUUGAUUGGUCUCAUGUAGCUCUAUAAUGUUUCUCUGAUGUUUGUGUAUUCAGCUUCUAUACAUAUAUAUCUGGCUGUGUCUCAGGAGGUAGAGCGGGUCGUCCACUGAUCAGAAGGUUGCUGGUUCGAUCCCCGGCUCCUCCCGCUGCAUGUCAAAGUGUCCUUGAGCAAAAUACUGAACCCCAAACUGCUCCUGAUGCUGAAUCACUGUAUGAAUGAGUGAAUGAGUGAAUGAGUCAGCUGAACUGUUCUCAUGUGUUUGAAUCCAUAAAGUGUUGUGAGCAGAUGAGUUAUGGAUUCGAUCAUUUCACACUCUGUUUAGAGAAUGAUGAAUAUUGAGGAGAACAACUGUAAAUAAAGCUCAAAUGUACAGAAA